CUUAGAGCAGGAGCUGGCUGCAACCAAAGAUAAGCUUCUUAUCACUCAAAAUGAGAAGCAUGGACUUCUUGAGAUGAACAGGCUGUUUAAAUCACAGGUAAGUGAACAAAACAAACAAGUUAUGUUUCUUGAGGAGGAAUUGGAGAAUCUUGGUGUUAAGCAAAGUGAAAUGGUGAAUGCCUACAUGAAUUUACAGGAGAGAUUCUCUGUUGUGCUUGAAGAAAACAGAUAUCUGUCAAGAAAAUUUUCAGAACUUAAGAUGGAGAAAUGCGUGUUGGAGCAGGAAAGUGAUGUUCUUCUUCAGGAAUCAUUGGCUUUUUCAAACUUUUCUAUAGUUUUGGAAAGCUAUGGAAUUGAGAAAUCUUUAGAACUAAAAUUACUGUCAGAAGAUGUGGAAAAUCUGAGUGGGGUUAUGGAUGGCCUUAAUAAGGAGGUCAGCUAUUGCAAGGGAAGUUGGAGUUGGAAGAAACAAAUAAUAUGUUGCUGAGAGAUUCAGUUCAGAGGUUGGAGAUGGAACUGCAUACAGUGAGACAGUCAAAUGAUGAGUUGAAGCAGGAAAUUGUAAGUGUUAAGGAAGUCUUGAGUCAGAAAGAAGCUGAUAUUUUGGAAGCAGAAGAGAAGCUUCAAGCAGCGGAAAGCCUAAAUUUGGAAUUGUGCAAAACCGUGGACACACUGAAGACUGAGAGUCAAGAAUCAUCUUACAUCAAAGAAAAUCUGGAAAAGAACCUGCUUAAAUUAUCUGAAGACAACAGCAUGCAGGGCAAGGAAAUUGAAGGCCUCCGUGAAGUGAAUGAGAACUUGACAUCUGAACUGUGUAAACUGCAUGAAAAAUGCGAAGAGCAAAGGCUCAGAGAAGAGAAGUUGAGUUCAGAGCUGAAAGUUAAAAAUGACGAGUAUGAACUUUGGGAGGCUGAGGCUGCAGCAUUUUACUUUGACCUUCAAAUCUCAUCCAUUAGGGGAGCUCUAUAUGAGAACAAAGUGCAGGAGCUUGCUGAGGUUUGUGAAAGUCUCGAGGAUCAUUCUACUUCAAAAACUCUAGAAAUUGAAGAAAUGAAGGAAAAUAUCAGGUCCAUGGAGAAUGCAAUAGGCGAACUAACUGCACAGUUGUCAGCAUAUGACCCUGUCAUAGCUUCUCUGAGAGAUGAUGUGGCAUCUCUGGAAUAUAAUGUUUUGCAUCAGACAAAGCUUGCUAAAGCUGAUCAUUUGGAACCAAAGUGUACCAGAUUGGGAGUACUUCCUGAUGAAAGUUUCCAUGAUAAACCAAUGGACCAUCAAUCACCCAUGCCAGUUGGCAUUCAAGAUUUACAGAAGCUGCAGUGUAGGAUUAAGGCAGUUGAGAAGGUAAUGGUAGAAGAGAUGGAGAACCUUAUUUUACAGGAAAGCUUAAACACACAGGCGAAGCAAGAAAGAGUUAUGAAUGAGACAAAUGACUUGAACCUCGACUCAGCUUCGGUCAGGAAAAAGUCAAGAAGAAGGAAAAGAAGAAGGUGUCUGGGAGGAAUCUCAAGUUGCAGGAAGAUAAGGGAGGGCAUUGAAAUCAAGAAGGGAGCUUUAAUGAAAGAUAUUCCGCUGGAUCAUGUCUCAAGUACUUCACUUCAUGGAUUCCGCAGGAAAGGAAAUGUUUGCACAGAGAGAACAGACGAUAAGUUCUUGAGCUGUGGGAAACUGCUGAGUGGCACAUUCCGGAUCGCACUGGAAGUGUAUCCCAAAUUUGGCCUUUGCAGCAAGUGAGGGGG